GAACUGAUUGUUUACGAGAUGUCUGGUCGCGGCAAAGGCGGGAAGGGGCUGGGUAAGGGAGGCGCUAAGAGGCACCGCAAGGUUUUACGCGAUAACAUCCAGGGUAUUACGAAGCCUGCGAUCCGCCGCUUGGCUCGUCGCGGUGGGGUGAAGCGUAUCUCGGGGCUGAUCUACGAAGAGACCCGUGGGGUGCUGAAGGUUUUCCUGGAGAACGUGAUCCGCGAUGCGGUGACCUACACCGAGCACGCCAAGCGGAAGACCGUGACGGCCAUGGAUGUGGUGUACGCGCUGAAACGCCAGGGGCGCACCCUGUACGGCUUUGGGGGCUGAGGCGGCUUCUAACCCCCUACACACUCUUAUUUCACCAAGGUCCUUUUAAGGGCCACCCACUGGUGCACGGAGAGAGCUGGGUUCGCUCGGACUGGGAAGAUAAAGGGUCGAACUGUUCUGGAGCUGUUGUCCCGAUGUGAGGCUCCGUCGCGGCUGGGGGGUUUCUGUUGUCAGUUAAAGGGCAGGCGGGCGGGCUGCGGUAUUGCACCCGGCUUCUAAGGAGGGUCUCCUGGGUUAAUAGGUUUUUAAGUGCCCCAACCCCAAUGCACAAUUGAUGCUUCAUGGCUCCUUUGCUAGUAGUUUCUCCCUGGAUGCUUUUCUGAGCCUG